AGUAGAUUCAAACACUUGAUUCAAGAAAUGUUUAUUUAAGGUAGAGAAGACGUUUUUGAUGAAUUGAAUAGUAUUCGAUAAAGAUUUGGGAUUGAUUUGGCAAUCCGAAUGUAAUCCACAAAUUAUUCGACACAAAAAAAUUGACAAUAAGAAUCUGAUAGUGUCUUCAAACAAAUACUUCACUUCUAUUAAGUGAGCAGUGACUCAGUGAGUCACAAACCCAGAACAAUCAAUCAUCUCUAACCUUUGGUCAAACUCCAUUUCAAUGGAAUCACUAAAAACAUGCACUUUCAUCUCCUUCUUUCUCUUUAACCUCCAUUUUCUUCCUCUUUUCUUUCAAAUAAUCACAGCCACUGAAAACCCAUCAUCAUCAAUCAUCUCUAGAUUCCAAGAAUACCUUAAAAUCAACACAGCGCAACCAAACCCCAACUAUAAGGAAGCUGCUGAGUUUAUACUUUCUCAAGCUAAAUCUUUGUCCCUUAAAUCACAAACUAUUGAAUUUGUCAAAGAUAAGCCUUUGAUUGUUCUCAAAUGGCCGGGGAAAAACCCUAAAUUGCAGUCAGUUAUUCUUAAUUCUCAUACUGAUGUUGUUCCUGUGGAAUCUAAUAAGUGGGUUCAUGACCCUUUUGGUGCCCAUAUUGAUUCUCAGGGUAAUAUAUAUGCUAGAGGUUCUCAGGAUAUGAAAUGUGUGGGUUUGCAAUACUUGGAAGCUAUACGGAAGCUCAAGGAUUCUGGGUUUGAGCCCACGCGUACAAUUUACGUGACAUUUGUGCCUGAUGAAGAAAUUGGAGGGCAUGACGGGGCUGAAAUGUUCGCCCUGUCUGAUGCAUUUAAAAAAAUGAACGUGGCCUUUUUUCUAGACGAGGGACUUCCAUCACCAGGAAAGAAGUAUCGAGCAUUCUAUGCUGAGAGAUCACCAAUGUGGACUGUGAUUAAGGCUACUGGGGCCCCUGGACACGGGGCUAAGUUGUAUGAUAAUACAGCAAUGGAGAAUUUGUUGAAGAGUAUUGAAAGUAUUAGGAGAUUUCGAGCUUCACAAUUUGAUAUGGUAAAGGCUGGAUUAAAAGCCGAAGGAGAAGUGAUUUCAGUAAAUAUGGUUUAUCUGAAAGCUGGCACUCAAACUCCUACUGGUUUUGUCAUGAACUUGCAACCUUCUGAGGCUGAAGCAGGUUUUGAUAUUCGGGUUCCACCAACUGCUGAUCAAGAUGCCCUUGAGAAACGUAUCGCUGAGGAAUGGGCCCCUGCUUCACGUAACAUGACAUUUGAGUUUAAGCAGAAGAAAUCUGUGCUAGACAACUUUGGUAAACCAGCUCUCACUGCUGUCGGCAAAUCAAACCCUUGGUGGGUCCUUCUAGAAGAAGCUGUUUACAGUGCUGGUGGAGAACUUGAAAAGCCGGAAAUUUUCCCUGCCUCCACAGACGCUCGUUACUUUAGGCAACAAGGCCUGCCUGCUAUAGGUUUCUCUCCAAUGGUGAACACUCCAGUUCUACUACAUGACCACAAUGAGUUCCUAAACCAAGAAGAGUAUCUUAAAGGAAUCGACAUAUAUGUGUCUAUCAUCAAAGCUUAUGCAUCUUAUGCUGAGCAUUCUGAAACAAGAGAUUCCAGCUCAAGCGAUGAAUUGUAAAAGUGCCAUUUGCCGUCCAAAAUAUCAGAUGUGGUGUCACUAUGCUGUUCGGUUGCACGUUUCCUACGUCAAAGCCUUUCAAAUAAUGCUUUAGAAUUGGUUUGCUGGAGAAACUAACAUAGGUGCUUUUGUUGUAUGGCGAUGAUUUUCGACUGAUUCUGCUACUGCUUCGAUUUAAACUUAACAAGUCGUAGUAGUUGUUUCUCCACAAACUUACAGUUAACGUAUAAUAAUUGUGUGAGCCGACUGGCUUUGGACUGUUUUCCUUCCUUCUAUUUUUGCAGUAAGAUUAAUGUUAGACUAUGUAUUACAGUUACGCGUAUAGCGGUUAUCUAGUAUAGUAGCAGUUAUUUGGUA